GACGAUCAGUGGCGUUGACGGCCGCGGCGGGAGUAAGGAGGCUGGACCAUGGCUGCAAGAGGAAGAAUUGCUUCUUUCCGUUUGCCUCCGCUUCCCACCAUCAGGGAAAUUAUCAAGUUGUAUAAUUUGAGAGCGGAAAAGCAACUUUCUCAGAAUUUUCUGUUGGAUUCAAGAUUAACAGAUAAAAUAGUUCGGCAAGCUGGAAAUUUAAGGAAUGCUUAUGUGUGUGAAGUUGGCCCGGGACCUGGAGGAAUCACUCGAUCUAUUCUCAAUUCUGGUGUUGCAGAACUACUUGUGGUGGAGAAAGAUACCAGAUUUAUUCCUGGCUUACAGUUGAUGGCGGAGGCAGCACCAGGGAAAAUUCGCAUUGUGCAUGGAGACAUUCUGACCUAUAACAUGGAACGAGCUUUUCCGAAACAAUUUCGAAAUGAAUGGGAAAUCGGAUUACCAAAUGUGCACAUCAUUGGUAACCUGCCCUUCAGUGUUUCAACACCUCUCAUUAUUAAGUGGUUGGAGAAUGUUGCAAAUCGUGAUGGGCCCUUUGUCUUUGGGAGGACACAGAUGAUCCUAACUUUUCAAAAGGAGGUUGCAGAGCGUCUCACAGCAAGUACCAGCAGUAGACAAAGAAGCCGGUUAUCGGUGAUGUCCCAGUAUUUGUGUAAUGUGAGAAGCUGCUUCACGAUUCCAGGCAGAGCCUUUGUUCCAAAGCCGAAGAUUGAUGUGGGAGUUGUACGUAUUACUCCGCUGGAGAGACCACAGAUUAACCAGCCAUUCAAACUGGUGGAAAAGGUGGUGCGAUGUGCAUUCAGCUUUCGGAGAAAGUAUUGCCGCCGAGGACUUGAAACUCUAUUUCCUGAAGCACAAAGAUUACAGCUAACGGAGCGAAUGUUUGAUGCUGCUGACGUCGACCCGACACUGUGCCCGACACAACUUACUAUACCACAUUUUAGGAAUCUGUGCGAUGCAUACAGUCUGCUGUGCAAGGAGGAUGCGAAUCUCUUUACGUAUAACUAUCGGGAAGAAUUAGGACACAAACGGCUUUAUCGUAAAGAUGAAUCUCACAGGGAUGAGAAAGAAAAGAGAAAAUUGCUAACUUUGGAAACCACUGCUGCAUAAACAUCAAUCUGAAAGAUACUGAAAUCUGGAAAUAAUUGUCCCUGAUUCUUAUAACGUGCAAGUUUAAUCAGUUAUCAAACUGAAAGUUCUGGGAACAAAUGCUGUAAAAUGACUGGCGCUGAUAUUAAUGCUAGCUUUGAUUUUUUUUUUCAAUAAUGCCCUCUGUCAGACUGCUGUGGAGUUCCAAGUUUGUUGUUAAAAAAUUUUGAUCACAAUGAGAUAAGAGAAAGCUAAUUUGAUUAGAUAGACACAAAAUGCUGGAGUAACUCAGCAGGACAGAAGGAAUGGGUGACGUUUCGGGCGAGACCCUUCCGACUGUUCAACCCAAUCCUUCUAUCCAAAGUUGCUACCUGUCCCUUUGAGCUACUCCAGCAUUGUGUGUCUAUCUUCGAUGCAAAUCAGCAUCUGCAGUUUCCUCCUACACAUUAAUUGGAUCUAAAUGAGGUACAAUGUGCUUUGCAUAAAUAAAUAAAUGCGUAAAUAAAUAUUUGCUGUUGAUGGCAUCAGAAGGAAAUGAAUUAUACACAGCUUCUUGCAGAUGCUAUGCAUAUUUAUUUAACAUUGAAGUACUUUCUGCACGUUUAAUGUCAAGUAGUCAUUCACCAGAAUAUAAAAGAUAACGCAUUAAAAAGCAAUAUUACAAUGCAGUUAUAAAAUUACAAUAUACACAACCUCCAAUAUUUAUGGACAAAGAAAUUAAGAUAUCUAAAUAAAGAGUUUGCUAGCAUGGAGAGGCAUAUACCAAAGCUUGGAAGGCCAAAGCUAAAUAAGUGGAGUCCCUUGUCAGACCAGCAAAGGUCAACGUUGGCCAAAUAGAUAAAACAAAAACACACACAAACGCACGUUUGGUUUUUCAGAAACUUAAAAUCGGACACAAUGUAACAAAUAUUGAUAAUUAUUCUGGUACUAAUGUAAACCAUUAUUUUCCAUCUAUAAAUAAAACUGAGAUUUACAGCCUUU